ACAUUUCACUUAAGAGGAACUUUUAUACCUACAACGACCCAGUCAGUUAAAGCACGUGUGGCGACAAAAUCGGUCGCGAGUUCUUGCUGUCACAUUGGGGAGAAUUCUCGUUUUCCGAAAUAUACAUGGGGAAGUGUUUUUAGCUCCUGCGUGUGACGUUAGUGCCUGGAUUAUUUAUAGUGCAUUUUUUUUUAAAUUGUGAAAGAUGGUGUCGCUGAGCAGCGUCGGGGUGUUGGUUCUGUUUUGCAUCGGAAUAUGCCACGGACAAAGAAAAGGCAGCAGAAAUAUCCCCGUAGGGGCAGACCUUAAGCAAGCCGUAAAUUUCGACUGUCCCGAAGAAUUUGGCUAUUACCCCCACCCCAGUGACUGCACCCAAUACUACGUUUGCGUAUUUGGAGGAGCCCUUUUGGAAUCAUGCACUGGAGGGCUUAUGUACAGUCAUGAACUUCAAACUUGUGACUGGCCAAGGAACGUAGGAUGCGACGGUCUCGAAAUAUCAGCACCACCAUCAUCAGCUGCAGUCUCUACAACCUCCGCUCGAGGUCGAGAUCGCGAUAGAGAGAGGGAGAGGGAUCGCGAUGAACCUAGAGCGAGAUACUCACCACCACCACCUCCGCAACCAGCUGCAGUGGUCACUAGCAGAGGGCAGUCCAGACAACUCCAUCACACUCAACAGGAAAUUAUUAAGCAGCAACAGCAGCAACAGCUCUAUGCUGAUGCAGAGGAAACUCUGCCACCAGCUGAAGAAAUCGAGAGCGAUAGGCAGCAACGCGUAUACCGUGGACAACCUUCUACAGUAGGCCAAGUGCAGAGAGACAGAGAUGGUCUUAGACAUUCCAAUGCUAUUCCUUCAUAUACUGGACGCGGUGAAAAGAUUGGAGUAAUAUCAUUUGGAACUCAGAACCAGCACUAUAGUGAUGAGAGUAGCGUCGCACCCGCCCAACCCUCAAUCGCAACAGCAACUGCGACAGCAAGAAACCUUUACAACAGUAGUCAGUAUACCAGCAACCACUACGACCCUUACUAUGCUUUAUAUGAUGACGACGUCGAACUUUAUAGAGACGUUGAUUAUUCUCAACAUAAUUAUAAUAAUGCUCCAAGAGCCCAAACUACAAGCUACAGAGGUACUCCCGCACCUGUCGUUCAGUCGACUUCAACUCGAGAAGAACCACCAAAGCGUGGAAAUUCCGUUUAUCUGAACAAUUACAGUCAGGACAUAUACCAACAGUCAACGGGUGCAGAUUAUGCAGACGACAACAGAUAUGACGCGCAGGUGGAUGAUCAGACAUCUUACAGGCAAUCUAGCAGGCAACCGACUAGUCUUAGGGGAGACAGGAAUGAGUUAAAUGAUGUUGAAGAAGCCAUCACUAAAAGAACGACGACUAGUACCACCACAAGAAAAACAACAACAACAACUAGAACCACCACAACAACGACGACCCCACGAACUAUUCCCCCCAAAAAGAGUACACCACCACCCCCAGCAAGCAGUACGCCUGUCACAGCCAAAGAAAAUCAAACACAAGCACAGUCAAUUUUUAAUACAAUACCAGAGGACCCGGGACACACCCUUGAUGUUCCUGCAAUUUUACCAUCAGACCCGAUCCCUUCCAUUGUUUCUGGCAAUAGACCCGACAUAUCUACGACUGUGCCAGCUACACUUAGACCAAAAUCCCUCGAAACACAUUCAGACAUUACCUUGCAUGAUAGUAGUUUUCGUGACGAUUCUGUAAUUAAGAAACCUUCUCCUUUCUCUCUUCCUUCGCAAAUAACAACUGUAAAACCUGCUUUUCACUAUAUUACUAAGGCACCCAAGUCAACAACUCUCGUCUCUAGCACUGAACAUUUACAUAGCACUGAUGAUGAAUUAGGUAGUUUUAAUAAAACAAAUGUUAUUAACCAGCACCAAACAAGCACCGUCCGUAGAUCUAGAAAUAAAAUUAUAGUACCCACAACAUAUUCACCCCCAAAAUUUUUUCUUAAAUCUAUACUAAAAAAACCCGUUUCACACACCACACCGAUAUUUAUACCCACAAACGCAUCUGACGCCCAAAGAGAUAACGUAUUACGCAGACCUGAAGCUCAAAAUAGAUUCUACAAAACGUUAAGAGCAGUACGCAAAUUAAUUAAUCCAGUCGUGUUAAACCACGAAUUGUCUGCCACAACUGGUACGAGUUAUGCUUCCGCCGAACAACUAGCCUCGGACGUAAAUGAAGAGCUAGUUUCGAAUUCGCAAGAUUACCAAAAUUCAAAUUCCCUUACCACUGAACCGAAAGCGUUAGAUUCGAGAGUAUCAUCGACAACUGUCAGAUUUUCUGGCAUAAAACCAGUCACAAUAAAAAUGAAAACUACUACCACUACCACGUCAACUACUUCUCUCAAAACUACUACCACAGCCAAAAUACCUCCUAGCACUUAUUCAACACCUGUAACAACCAGGAAACAUUUUAACGAUGAUUACGUCAGCGAACGGUUACGGUCGCGUAUCGAAAACGAAAAAGCGAGCGAUUACGUAGAACCAGACCAAAGUAACUUUACUGCACCAGUAAAAAAACGUUUCCGCACAACAGUAGAAAUACCCCCUGCACAUGAAUUGUUAGACAGUGAUGAUAAACAGAAACCAGAGCCGGACCAACCUCCACUAUAUAAGCCCAAACCCCUCCCCAAGCCCGUAUCCACCGCGACCAAGACAGAUGUCCCUCAAAACACCUCUGUUCCCACUAGAGCAUCCCGGGUAAAUGCAGCAAUUAAAACAUUAAUUGCGAACGGGGGGACGCGGAGACCUAAUACAAAAUGUAAUGAGAACCAAAGCCCCAAUUCAAAAUGCAACAACGACCCAAAGCAGAGAACUAGCUCAAGAGGGCGAGGUACUGCCCACUACGCUAGCAACGGGGCGCAAAUAACCAAUAACGAAGUUACAGUCAACACAAACCGCGGAACACCUGCGCCACGAUCCAGACCAACCCUAAAACCGUCAACAUCGAUCGUUUCCAAAGCACAAGAAUUUGUUGACAUUUAUAAGUACCCCCCAAGACGACCCGAUCCAAUUUACCCACAACCUCAACCAGACAAAACAGCUGCCAAGUGCAGGAAGGAUGUGUGUUUGCUUCCGGACUGCAGCUGCGGUGGAAAAGAAAUCCCUGGAGACCUCCCUGUUGAACAAGUACCCCAAAUCGUAUUGCUUACCUUCGACGAUUCCGUGAACGAUUUGAACAAAGGCUUGUACAUGGACUUGUUCGAAAAAGGUAGAACCAAUCCCAAUGGAUGUCCCAUAGCCGCCACGUUCUAUGUAUCUCACGAGUGGACAGAUUAUAGUCAAGUGCAAAAUUUAUAUUCUGAUGGACACGAAAUUGCUUCACACACCGUGUCGCAUAGCUUUGGAGAACAAUUCUCCCAAAAGAAAUGGACCAGAGAAGUAGCCGGACAAAGAGAAAUUCUAUCUGCUUAUGGAGGUGUUCACUUGGAAGACGUUAGAGGAAUGAGAGCCCCGUUCUUAUCGGUGGGUGGAAACAAGAUGUUCAAGAUGUUGUAUGAUUCAAACUUCACAUAUGACUCUUCUAUGCCUAUCUACGAAAACAAACCACCUAGUUGGCCUUACACCCUUGAUUACAAACUGUUCCAUGACUGCAUGAUACCUCCCUGCCCAACAAGAUCAUACCCAGGUGUUUGGGAAGUACCCAUGGUUAUGUGGCAAGACUUAAAUGGUGGUAGAUGUUCGAUGGGUGAUGCCUGUAGCAACCCACCAGAUGCUGAAGGAGUCUUCAAGAUGUUGACGAAGAAUUUCCAGAGACAUUACACUACCAACAGGGCGCCAUUUGGUUUAUUCUACCACGCAGCUUGGUUCACACAACCUCAUCACAAAGAAGGAUUCAUCAACUUCAUCGACAGCAUCUUAGCCAUGAAGGAUGUUUGGUUACUUACCAACUGGCAAGCCAUUCAGUGGGUCCGAGAUCCUACCCCAGUUUCAAGGAUAGGUUCCUUCCAACCGUUCCAAUGCGAAUACUCUAACCGCCCUAAGAGAUGCAACAAUCCAAAAGUAUGCAACUUGUGGCACAAGUCCGGAGUAAGAUACAUGAGGACCUGCCAGCCAUGCCCAGAUAUCUAUCCAUGGACUGGAAAUACGGGAAUACGCAGUAGUAGAAUCGACAACGACAUCGAGGAUUAGCGGAGCCAAAUUUUUGUGGUUGACAUGAACUUAAAGUCAAUAAUAGGCCAUAACAACAUUAUUUUAAAUGUUGUUUAAUUCUUAAGGUACCUAAGAAACGUAUUUAAAAAAGAACCGAUGUUGUUUAGGUGUCAAGACACAUCGCUAUGUGAUGGUCAUCAUACCUCGCCAACAUCAUUUUUAUGGCCUCAUAGAAAAAUUUGUAAAUAUUUAAUGUAACUAAUUAUAAAAUAUCCUAAUGCUGCCGUUGAAAUUAGUUAAUUCUCGAACUGCGUAUAGCACACUUUUUAGCAGUUUUGUAAUAUUUUUUACCUGUAUUUAAAAUAUCUAAUUUAUUGUAUUUCCAACUUUUUUAAGAUCGAUUUUCUCUAUGUGAACCAGUGAGUGAUAGAUUAUUAAAUAAAAUACUCUUUAUA